AUGGGAAUGGAAUCGUGGCCGUCAAAGUUUAUUUAUGUACGUUGUUUUCUUUUGCUAUUACUCAAUGUCACUCACUGUUUUUUACUUGUACAGACUCAGGCACUUGGCCAGGUUGAUGAGUGCUCAGCCUUGCUACAGUUCAAGGAAAGCUUCGCAAUUAACAAGUCUGUUUCUGCAUAUCCUCUUGCUUAUCCGAAGGUUGCAUUUUGGACGCUAGAAGGAGAUCAAAAUCGGAGUAAUUGUUGUUCAUGGGAUGGUGUAGAGUGUGAUGAGGACUCUGGCCAUGUUGUUGGCCUUAACCUCAGCAGCAGCUGUCUCUACGGUUCUAUCAAUUCCAGCAACACUCUCUUCCGCCUUGUUCAUCUGCAGAGGCUUGACCUCUCAGAUAAUCACUUCAAUUUCUCUGAAAUACCAUCAAGGUUCGGUCAAGAUCUUUCGAGUCUAACAUAUCUCAACCUUUCAAAUUCCUUGUUUUAUGGCCAAAUUCCAUCAGAAAUUUCAAUACUGUCGAAGCUGUCUACCCUUGAUCUGUCUCACAAUUCAUGGAAACUUCAUCCUGAUAUUAUCCCUUUGAAACUGACCAAGGGAUACAUGAGAAGCCUGGUUCGAAACUUGACCAACAUAAAACAACUUCAUCUUAGUGAGGUAGACAUUUUCUCCACUGUGCCUGAUAUCUUGGUCAAUGCAUCUUCUCUCACAUCUCUCCAACUUCGCUUUUGUGGGUUGAAUGGGGAAUUCCCAAUUGACAUCUUCCACCUACCAAACUUAGAGGUUCUGGAUGUGUAUGGUAACUCAAACCUUACCGGUUAUUUCCCUAACUUUAACAGGAGCAAUAAACUCUUGAAGAAAUUGAAUGUUGCGUUCACAAAUUUCUCUGGCAUGCUGCCUGCUUCUAUCGGAAACCUCCAUUCCUUAAAUUUGUUGGACAUCUCCUAUUGUAAUUUUUCCCACUAUCUUCCAUCUUCACUCGGAAACCUUACCCAGCUCAACUACCUUGACAUGAGUGGAAUAUUUUAUGACGUUCCAAAUAAUAAUUCCACAGGCCAAUUAGUUUCUGAAUAUUCCUUGUCUUGGAUAGCGAGUUUAACCAACCUCUACAGUUUGUCCCUUGGGGCCACCAAAUUCAGGGGAAAAUUCCCAAGUUUUGUGGCUAACCUCACGCAACUUUCAUUUCUAAACUUGGGUGUUAACGAAAUAACUGGUCAAAUCCCGUCUUGGCUUAUGAAUUUGACCCAGUUAACUACUCUAUACCUCACGGGUAACAAUUUGAGCGAAGCAAUUCCUAGGUCACUCUUCCAGCUCCAAAAUCUUGAAAUUCUUGACCUUUCCUAUAAUAACUUGAGUGGACAAGUUGAGUUUGAUCAGUUUUCCCAGCCCAAAAAGUUAAAGGAACUUUAUUUAUCAUACAACAAGUUAUCUCUGCAGAUCAUAACCAAUUUGAGUGCUACUAUUCCACAGCUUGAAGUUCUAAAGUUGUCUUCAUGCAACUUAAUAGAGUUUCCAGAAUUUUUAAAAUAUCAAUCGGAAUUGCGAGAGUUACAACUUAGCGACAACAACAUUCAAGGGCGAAUACCAAAAUGGGUGUGGAAUGCAACUAGAGAAACUUUGUUGACUCUCGGCCUCUAUUCCAACUUCUUAACAGGAUUUGACCAAAAUCCAAUCAAUCUUCCAUGGCAGAAUCUAUAUUCUUUAGAUCUCCGGACCAAUAUGUUACAAGGAUCACUGCCAAUUCCACCACAAUCAAUCAGAAACUAUAUGGUCGGCAGCAAUAAUUACAGUGGAGAAAUUUCACCCUCGUUCUGCAACUUGAAUCAUUUGAACAUUCUUGAUUUGUCCAACAACAGCCUGAGCGGCAUGCUUCCACAAUGUUUGGGGAACUCCAGUGCUCUUGGGAUAUUGAAGCUGACGAACAAUUCUUUUCAUGGCGGUAUUCCUCAAAUGUGUCCAGAUGAAAAUAGUUUGAAAAUGGUUGAUUUGAGUUACAAUCAGUUACAGGGGAAGAUACCAAGAUCAAUGGCGAAUUGCACUCAGUUAGAGUUUCUUAAUCUUGGAAACAAUCAGAUAAGCGACAUCUUCCCAUCUUGGUUAGGAGCACUUCCAGCACUACAGUUUCUCAGUUUGAGGUCUAAUGGAUUUCAUGGCAUGAUUGGGAAGUCUGCAACUAACCAUGACUUCCCAAAGUUGUGCAUCAUUGAUUUAUCUGACAAUGGUUUUUCAGGUGUGUUGCCCUCUAACUACUUAGAGAACUGGAAUUCCAUGAAAUUUGUUGACGAGAAUUCUAGAAAAGUGUCCAAAGCUAAAAGGAAGCCUGCCUUGUGA